AUGGAGGCUCCUUUUUACCACGACGACUCCCCUAUUGUCCCUCUAUUUAGCCACAUUGCAGAACACAAGCGUUACUCUGGAAACAAGAUACUGAUCAGUAAGAAGGCCACAUCAAUGAUGGGCAGUCAUCACUUUCCCAGCAGUGAAGUAACAGGGGGUGGAAACCAACAUAACCUGGGACUUGCCGGCAACAGCUCCCUGAUGACAGCAGGGACGCCCUUGGUGGAAAUCAACCUGCUGAAGAUGGCGUCCUCUGACCUGGAGAAUCUGAUCAUACAUUCCAACCAGGCACUGGUCACUACCAGCCCAGUUUCGAACUCUACCAAUCCCUUCAUCUACCGUAACCAGGCCACCAACGAGCAAGAAGGAUUUGCCGAUGGCUUUGUCAAAGCGCUCGCUGACCUUCACAAGCAGAACCAGUUGGUGGGAUGCGGCCCCAUGUCCCCGUCCUCAUUUUCCACUGUCUCCCUACAGGCGUCCUACCAGAGGAACCUGAUGUCUGGCAGAGACCUCCCCGUCUACACCAACCUCAGCAGCUACAACCUGGGCCAGAUGACAUACCCUGGCGGACAGAGGGCGUACAGCAGCUCAGGCCACAGUGGCAAUGAAGUCCCUCAACUUCACGCCCAAGGCCUUGACGCACCUCAGAUCGUGCCUGAGGUUUCUCAUCCACCUGCCGACCCUGCUUCCUCACCCUCCCUCCCCCCAAUCAACCUGGAGACAGAAGAGUGCAUCAAAGCAGAACGCAAGAAGCUCUGCAAUCGUAUUGCCGCGUCAAAAUGCCGCAAGCAGAAGCUGGAGUGGAUAACGCGGCUUGAAGAAAAAGUGCGUGUUCUGAAAAAACAGAACUCGAACCUGGCCUCAACCGCUGCCAUGCUGCGGGAGCAGGUUGCACAGCUUAAACAGAAAGUUAUGAGUCAUGUCACUAAUGGCUACAAGAUCGCUGUUGGCUCGACCCCCAGCAAGUCUGGAGUAUGUGGGGGAGACCUUGGCAUAAGGACUCCAGCUGCUAAGCAGAUGGGAAACCAGGAGAAGGUGUCAAAAUAA